AGAUUUCAACCGAUCUUUUGUAACGAACUACAGGUUCUAAAAGAAGUAGUGGGCAUCCAAGAUGGCGUGGUCAGGCCGUCCACCACCAUGGCCAGUCCCACCACAGCCAGCAUCACUAGAUCAGCCAACGCGAUCAUGUUGGGAGCCUAUAUGAAAGGCUAGAGCUCUCAUACUUGGAGAUUCCCUAACAAAGUACCUCAAAGAAAACAUCACAACUGAAUUAGUUGAUGUGGAGGUAGCAACUCGCCGCGGUGCAACAAUUUCGGGCCUUCGAAAGCAUUUGCUUCAGUGUCGUGACAUGUAUACAACUACGCCUGACAUUGUUGUAAUCCAUGUCGGAACAAACGAUUUAGAGUGGGGUUUCCUGCACAGCAACUUGAAGCAUUUCAGGGAACUCAUCACCACCUUACGCGAGAUCUUUCCAACUGCUAAGCUGGUGUGCAGUUGAAUUCUUCCUCGGCAGGACAGUGAAAGUUUGGAGGCCUCACGUGUGAGCUACAACAUUCACUUGGGGAAUGUUUGUGGGCAGCUUGGUUGUCAUUUUUUUGACAGUGGCGACAAGUUUUAACAUUGGCAUUUUGCCAGAGAUGGCCUUCACUUGAAUUGGGAUGGGAAUUCCCUACUUGGUGCGGUGGUUGAGGGCCAUCUAGAGAGAUAUGCCAGGAUGCUUUCACCAAUUUCUGGAAAAAGCUCCUGCAACGACACAAGACGGUUUGAGCCUCCAGAGCUGCGCAGGUUGGUACGGAGACCAAUGCGGGUGAAGAAGCCCAAGUCAACUCCAGCAGAAACAACCAAAUUGCGUCCCUCAAUGCUUCCUCCUCCCAAGGACAUUGGUUGUGCAAGCCAACCAAGACGAAUGAAGAUGCCGUCUGUUUCGUCGGUAAAGAAGAGGAUGAGGCGGAUCAGCAUUAAUGUCCAGGGUGAGGAUUUCAAGAUAUAUGGGCUAGCUCCAUUCAAGCCGAAAUCUACCCCUGCUGACAAGCCGCACAGUGCAAUGGCACAUAUUGCAUACUCUCAAGUGCAUGGUCCGACACAUCGCUUCAGGGAAUUCGGGAAUGGCGUUUCCUUGCCAAAACCAAAUUCUCCCUAUGUUUCAUCCUGGAGGCAAACCAAGAGGAGACACUCGGUGCAGAAACGUACGAAGAAGAAAAGACGACGGCGAAAGCGCAAGGCCAGAGCUGGAUCAACUUGGCAAAGCAAUGGAUGUCACUUCUCAACUUGAGUCUACAAAACUGUGCCUUGGAGAGAGAGAACUGCAGUCAAGAGACAGGACAGAAGUUGAAAUCACUUGUAGGAGUAGCUGCAAUCCGAGAGGCUGGUAGUUCUGACCCAAAGCUUGCUGUCGAACGGAAAGAAUCUUUGAAACCCAUACAGGUAAACACCGAUAUGCUUUGCAGUUCCCUCUCCCAGAAAUGUUGGGUUCGUAUUUGAACUUUCCAAUAAGCCAUUAAUGAGCAGAGAUUUUAGAGGUUGAGUUUGAAAGGAGAGCCAGUGUCCGCCUUCCCUGUUGAUGAUCAGCAGAUUAGCGAACUGGGGGAAGUCUUUUUCUGAUUAUUGUCAGAAGCUGACAAACUAAGGGCUGAAGAAAACAUAUCACAAAUGGGUAGCAGCACAUUGCAUUGAAAGAACAUACUCCUUCCAGAUCAAAAGGUAUUGUGCAUGAACCCAAUACAUGAACCUGUCUAU